AAAGGUAGAUAUAAAGCAGUUUGAAAUUUGCUAUUGUUCUACGCGGUCAUUCGAACUAAACCAAACUUAUCGGGAAUAAGCAGCUGAAUAAUCCGGUAGAUUGUCAAGUCUAGUUAAUAGAAAGGAUAUUUUCCAUCUCAAUUACAAUGGUGAACGCUGGUUUAACUUGCCUGUUAUUGUUCUGCCUGUGUCUCGAAGUUAAUUUCGCCAUGCCGUCUUACGAAGAGGACAGAAUCGGACAGGAUAAAGAACAAUACAUAAGACAGUUAGCUGCAUGGCUCGCCAACCAAUCGGAAACGUCCCUGAACGAUAUCAUGAGUAUGCCGCCAUGUAGACCGUGUUUUUAUCCUAACCACCCAAUGGAGAGUUUGAGCAUUGCACACAACCCCUAUGUGAAACGGAACUCGGAGUUGAUCAACUCUUUGUUGAGUCUACCAAGAGCAAUGAACGAAGUUGGCAAGUAAACAAAACAAAACCUUCUGUGAUCAUCAUAACGUGGUUUUCCGGUCUACCAUCAACAUCUUCUGAUCAUGUUUAAUACAUGCUGGAACCUUUAGUCACCAAAUAACAAAUGAAAGUCACUGUCAAUUUUUGGUUCACCAAUUCUGCUGCAAUGUUACGAACAGAAUGAUGCGAAAAAAUCCAUAUUGAUGUUAUGACUUGGAUAUGAUUGUUUACUAUAGUAUGAAAUAUAUAUGAAUGAUUCAGCAUAUGAAA